GAAGACCGAGAAGAUCCUGGGAAAGAUUGAGAUCUGUUUGAUGGCAACUGCCUCUCUUCGACCGGGUAAAUUUCUCUUUUUAUCGUCGAUUAGUGUAAACCAAGUGACAAAGUUUAGCGUUAGUUUUGUAUUCCGUCGUUGUGUGAGGAAAAUGGAGGGACUUGAGAUCUCCGAGAUGCGUGUCGAACCUUGUGUGGACUCUCGCUUCAUUCGGCCGUCACGAGUUGUCUUCAAACAGAAUGGUGUGCUCAGAGAAUGGGACUAUGUUAAGGAACACGAUGAUGUCUGUGCCCUCUUAUUCAAUACUACAAGGAAGGCUUUUAUCCUUGUGAAACAGUUUAGACCAGCUGUUUACAUGCACAUUAACAGAAACAUCCACAAGAAAGUGCCAACUGAUGGCAGUGCUGUUUCCAUGACAGCUGAAGACUCGUCACUCCCUAUUACUGCUCCUUUAAGCGAAGGAGUUACCUAUGAACUCUGUGCAGGAAUCAUUGAUAAAAACAUGAGCCUUGCAGGCUUAAUGAGACAAGAAAUUCUCGAAGAAUGUGGUUAUGAUGUUCCAGAAGAAAACCUCCAAGAAAUUGUGUCAUUUCGUGGAGGGGUCGGAAGCACAGGAGCACUGCAGACCUUUUUCUUUGCCAAAGUCACAGAUGAGAUGUGUGUGAGCAAGGGUGGUGGAAACCUUGAUGAGGGAGAGAGGAUCGAAGUGUUUUAUCUGCCGCUAGAGAAGAGUAGAGAGUUUUUGUUUGACCAAACUAAGCAGAAACCUGCCGGGCUUAUGUUUGCAUUCAUGUGGUACUUUAACAAAUUUAAAGUAUCUAUAUAGAAAAACACACCCUGUAGUAAUAUAAGCCUUGGAAAAAUCGUCAGGGAAAAUGGAAAUGUGACAUUACUAACAUUAUUUUACGUGUUUGUGAGUGAUAAGACUGACAGGAAUAUCACACGUCAGGCUGCAAAAAAAGCAAAAAAAAGAUAUGCAGGGCUGUAGGCAGAAAAUAAUUCUGACGGAGGCAAUGUGCAUGGAUAAAUUCUCUUCCCAUGUAUUUAGGGUGUUUAUGAUCACUAUAAACAACAAAAAGAAAAACAAAUGACUGACACAAGUUCCUCGGUUUGUGUGUUACUAGCUUCAUGUACAGUCUUGAUAUGCUUAGAAAUCUGUUAAAACCGUAAACUUACAUGUACAUGUAAUUAACAGGUAAUCUCAAUCUUCGAACUUUGAAGAUUCUUAAUAUGUAAAGGAUGUCACUUUUUUCAUGGCAACUAAAGUUGGUAAUGCAACCAAGUAACUAACUAAACAAAAGCCACACAUACAGGGCUGCCUUUGGGAGCUAGCAAUUUUUACUGGCAACUGUUGCAAACAGUAACUGGCAAUUCCAACUUUGAAAAUGAUCAGAAGGCACACCUACAUGUUGUUGCAGAGCCCAUUUUGAAAUAAUUUACAGCCACCUACUUUUCCUAUACAGUUUGCUUUUAUAGAGAUUAAUGACAGCCCUGGAACAGUCAAAACCAGUAGAGCCUUCCUGUUCCUGGUCAAUAAUUAGUUUUAAUAAGAUUUAUUCUUGGAAAACUUGCACUCUGAAUAACUUACAUGUUAGUCAGAGUAUUUAUAUACAUGUAGUAAUAUUCAAAAUAAGAGUCAAUCCAAAACCUGUUAUUUUUUGUAAGUUACAGUCGCAUUAAUAAAUUAAUUUUCCAUUUUGUUUUGCAUAAAAGGAGGAAUCCUGUAAUUUUUAGUUAUACACAGGGCAAUCGUAUGUGAUCAUAAACUUUAAGCAAGCUCUACAACUUCUCUCAAAGCUUUCAAAUACUAGAAUAGUGCCAAUUUCUCAGUGUGAACCUAACUUGGGCGAAUGAUGGUGAAAUGAGCAAUGAAAAUUUUUCAAGUAAAUUCCUGUUCACUCUAACGAUCUUCUUUUUAGUACUCAAACGCAAAAUAUAAAACCUUCCUGCUAAUCAUAUCUUCCAUUAUGAUAAAAUUAUACUUUACUUUAAUAACAAAAAAAAUUUGCAUUUAGUUAUUUUAAAUUGCAAAGAUAUUUCCAACUUUUAACAGAGAUAUUUUUCAACUUUUCACCAUGUCAGAAUUUUUUAUGACUCCUAGCUGGGAAAUGCUAGGGCUAUGAGAUUCUAACCGCUCAGCUGUGAUACUCCUAGAGAUUUGCUUCAUAGUGCUGACCAU